UUUCCCAGGUUCGGCGUGAGACAGACACCUUUAUAUAUAAAUCUUUUACGUAAACCUUUAGACAGAUUUGUUUCUUAUUACUAUUUUUUACGAUAUGGAGAUAACUUUAGACCACAUUUAGUUAGGAAAAAACAUGGAGACACUAAGACUUUCGAUGAGUGUAUAAGUGCAGAUCAGCCGGAUUGCAAUCCUGAUAAUAUGUGGCUACAAAUACCAUUUUUAUGUGGACAUGAUCCUGCUUGUUGGGAAAUUGGAAAUAAUUGGGCAUUAGAAGAAGCGAAAAGAAAUUUGCAGAACCAUUAUCUACUGGUAGGAGUGACAGAGGAGUUAACAGAAUUCAUCGAAAUUUUGCAAAUUGUACUUCCACGUUUCUUUAAAGGAGCUUACAAUUCAUUUUUACACAGUAAGAAAAUCUGAACUUUAUUACAUUAAUAUUAAAUUGUUCGGAU